ACUGUUCGUGCCGGGGAAAGGAGCGGAGUGCUCGUGAACGUUACGUUGCGUUACAAUCGAGGUCGUUGCGUUGCUCUCUUCGCCAUCUUGCACGGCGUUUGCCAUGGAGUGGUCGCGGGACAUGGCGAAAGCUUUGGUAAGGCUCUACAAAGAGAAAGACUGCCUAUGGAACCCGCAGAACCAGGAUCACUAUCAGAAAUCGAAAAGAAACGACGCCUGGACAGAAAUAGCGGCCGAACUGACCGUUCUGUACGAUAACUUGGUGUCCAUUAAUGACUGCAAGAAAAAAAUGGACUGCAUUCUGUCGUCGUUCCGUCGGGAAAAGAUUAAAGUCAAACGAAUUCGCGUCGAGAAAGGUGUACAUACUAAAUCCGCCUGGUUCCUAUUCGAUUCACUGUCGUUCCUUAUGGACAAGGGGGUUCAUCGAUUGGAUCCAAAUUCAUUUACCACUCCGGUUUCGCAUACGCCGGACAUAAACGAAACGUUCUCAAUGGAGCCUCCUCCGCUGAGAAUGAGCUUCCAGCCGGAGGUCGAAGUGACCGAGGAGAAUCUGGACUCGGACUCGCAGUCGCGGAGGUUACUCGGGCAGGACGAAUGCUCCAGUUUCGGAAUGUUCGUCGGGAACAAAUUAAGAAACUAUUCGUUCUAUACGCGGAGCGCGGUUCAGCACGCCAUUAGCGACAUUCUGUUCAACGCGGACAUGGGCUACUACAACCGAGCCGCUACGUCUGUGGAGGCGCAGACCGAGGUCGAGGAAACGAACUCGCAGCAACCGCCCGCCGCAGGUUCUCAGGCGCAAGUUCAGUGCAAGAUCGAGGAAAUUAACGUGAUGGAGACCGAUCCCUUAUUAAACUGAUGGGACUGUACGGUUGUUGCGGUACAAUUACCGCAAUUGGCUGUACAGUCUCGUCUGUUUAAUACGAAAUCGAUUUCUGUCGGUACAGUCGCGUCGGAGAUACCGAAGCACCAUUCCAUCCGUCGUCUCGAAAGAGUCCUGAGGGUCCAUGUAAAUACAUAUCCGGAAACUACGCUUACGAGAUUUCGCGAAGACGUGUGCGCGAGGAUACUGUAAAUAGGAAGCAUUCUGAGGUGAAGACUCGUUUAGUGUGAUCGAGAAAGCAAUAUUUUUCUGUUGUACAUAUUCCAUCCUGUGUACAGCGUAGAAUUUAAAUAUGACAGGAAGUGCGUUUUGUAAAUAUAA